AUGGAGUCCCAACCCCUCAGUGCCGAUGCCAAGCCCUACAUCCCGCUCGCGACGUGCGUAGGCCCUCCUCCGGUGGCGGUGGCCCAGCUUCCGUCGCCUGGCUUCUUCCCGCAGCCGGUGCCGUACCCGUACCAGCCUCCGCCUCCACAGGCGGGGUUCCUGGGCGGUUUACCGGGCUGCUGGGGUUUCCCUCCAGGCCCCGGCGGCGUGGGGAUACCGGCCGGCGCGUUGCCUCACCCUGCCUGGGCGCCGCCCAUGCCGCCGCCGCACGAAGCUAUAGCCACGUCGGCGGGGUCGCCCUACGCAAUGGCGAGGACGCCGUCGCAGGGCUCCGGCAAGCAGCCUUCGCGCUCCAGGCGCACCGGGCGUGUUCCCGGUACCCGGCCGCCGCCGCCGCGUCUCGACGUGCCGCCGCGGUUGCUUAGACCGGCGGCUGGGCGUCGUCCGGGACCUAGCGCAGCCUCCCGCGGCUCGAAGGCCGCUGGUGCCGGAGGCCUCUGGCCCGCGAAGGAGGAUCCGGCGUCCCGCGGCCCCAAGGACCCGGUGGCUGGAGAGGAGGCGGCGGCCAACGAGCCAUCCCCGCGGUCGGUGCUCGUUGCCUCGAGCCCGCCGAUCUCACCGACGACGUCCCUUCCGUCGUCGUUCCCGUUGCCAUGCCUGCCUCCGGCGGCCGCGGCCCAAACCCCGCCAACGGAGCCGCCAGCCCACUGCGCCGAGCACGGUGCAGGUACCAUGCCGGCCGUCCCACCGAAGAUGAGGCGGCGGCGCGUGCCUCGUCGUGCCCAGCCGGCUUCUGGUCCUGACGGCGAAGUGCGGCGCGGCGCCAUGAAGCCCCGGCUGUUGUUCGACCCAGCUUCCAGGCGCACCACUCUAAUGAUCCGCCACUUACCCAAUCAUUUCACGCGGAUGCGGCUGAUGGCCAUCAUCGAUGAGCACUGCUUCAUCGAGAACGAGAAGAUCGCGCCUGGCGGGGUGAGGUCGGAGUACGACUUCCUCUACGUGCCAAUCGAUUUCCGGACCUUGGCCAACAAGGGCUACGCGUUCGUGAACAUGACAUCGCCGGACGCGGCGCGCCGGCUCUGGGAGCACCUCCACGGCCACCGCUGGGAGGUCAAGCGCUGCGGCAAGACCUGCGCCGUCGACUACGCGGCCGUGCAGGGGCUUGACAGGUUGCUGGAUCACUUCUCCUGGUCGUCCUUCGUGUGCGACAGCGAGGAGCUCUUGCCCCUUCGGUUCGAGCCACCGCGCGACGGCACCCGGCCGGCUCAGGGCGUGGCGCAUGUCGUCGGCUGCCUGCGACGCCGGUCGUGA